GCCGUAUCGCGCCCCGUAAUCCCUGGCGUCGCCCCUCGUCCGGUGAAAGAUCGAUCUCGAGCCUGCGAGCCUGGCCGGAAUCCCGUCCGGCAGCUCCUCGCCAUGGCGUCAGCCGUUUUCUUCCUCGACCUCAAGGGCAAGACCCUUCUUGCCCGCAACUACCGGGGAGAUAUUCCCAUGUCCGCCGUCGAGAAGUUCCCCAUCCUCCUUAGCGAAGCCGAAGAAGAGUCGUCAGCGGUGCCGCCGUGCUUCUCCCACGAAGGGAUCAAUUACCUCUACAUCAGACAUAACAACCUCUACCUUUUGGCUCUCACAAAACGAAACACCAAUGCCGCCGAGAUCCUGCUGUUCCUGCAUAAGAUUGUCGAAGUCUUCACAGAGUAUUUCAAGGCGCUCGAGGAGGAAUCCAUCCGCGACAACUUCGUCAUCAUCUACGAGCUCCUGGACGAGAUGAUGGACUUUGGCUACCCGCAGACGACCGAGUCCAAGAUCUUGCAGGAAUAUAUCACGCAGGAGUCGCACAAGCUGGAGAUCCAGCGCCCUCCCAUCGCCGUCACAAAUGCCGUGUCAUGGCGCUCCGAGGGCAUCCGCUACCGCAAGAACGAGGUGUUCCUCGACGUGAUCGAGUCGCUCAACCUGCUGGUGUCGGCCAACGGCAACGUGCUGCGGUCCGAGAUCCUGGGUGCCAUCAAAAUGAAGUGUUACCUGUCGGGCAUGCCCGAGCUGCGGCUGGGGCUCAACGACAAGGUCAUGUUCGAGACGACGGGGCGGACGACGCGCGGCAAGGCCAUCGAGAUGGAGGACGUCAAGUUCCACCAGUGCGUGCGCCUAUCGCGCUUCGAGAACGACCGCACCAUCAGCUUCAUCCCGCCCGACGGCGAGUUCGAGCUCAUGUCGUACCGCCUCAACACGCAGGUCAAGCCGCUCAUCUGGGUCGAGUGCGUCGUCGAGUCGCACAGCGGUUCCCGCAUCGAGUACAUGCUCAAAGCCAGGGCUCAGUUCAAGCGCCGUAGCACCGCAAAUAACGUCGAGAUCGUCGUCCCCGUCCCCGACGACGCCGACACGCCGCGCUUCCGCACCAACGUCGGGUCGGUGCACUACGCGCCGGAGCAGAGCGCCAUCGUCUGGAAGAUCAAGCAAUUUGGGGGUGGCAAGGAGUUCCUCAUGCGUGCCGAGCUCGGUCUGCCCAGUGUACGGGGUGAUGACGAGCAUGGUGGCGGCAUGACGGGCGGCUUUGGCGGCAGCAUGGGCGGUAUCGGAGCGCCCGGGAAAGGGGCGAAGAGACCGAUCCAGGUCAAGUUCGAGAUCCCCUACUUCACCACCAGCGGGAUCCAGGUGCGCUAUCUGAAGAUCACAGAGCCAAAGCUGCAAUACCCUUCCUUGCCAUGGGUGCGCUACAUCACGCAAUCCGGGGACAUUGCAGUAAGAUUACCAGAUGCGGUAUGAGCCAUCGUUCCAUUGACCGCUACGGCUCUCUCAUCUAUUUUACGACGGCUUGCGGUUAGGGCUGGAUCCAGCCAGCCAUGUUUUGGGGCGGGAGGGGAGCACGAGGUAAGGCGGCGGAUUUUGGAGGUUAAUAAAAGGUCUGCCGUGGCGUAUGGUCGAUAUUGAGCGAGUUGGGCCAUGAUUGCACUAGAGCAGACAAGCAGCUACAAGUAAAAUUGCGGGGUGAUAUCUCACGCCCGUUUCCAGGUCAUCGGUCUUUGAUAAACGAGACGCGCCAUUGUUCCUGCAGCUAGCUAUCGAAAAAGUCCGAGGCAACAAAACGGAGCCC